UAGCAAAAAGGUUGGGCUGUGAACAUGCCACAAUCGGACAAUCAGUUGAACAGAAAGAUAUUUAUCUACUGAAGAUCAAAACAACAGGACUUAUUCAUUCAGCCACUGAGUCGUUUUAUCAAGUCACAGCGGUUGGCCAUCCACUCUGGCAAUCAAACACCAUGUGAAAUGUCCAGAAAAUGGCUACAUACAUCCUGUGGUCAGCAGCUGUCUGGACUCUGAAGAGCCUUUUGUGCACAUGGAGGUUUUUCUGGGUGAGCCCAUAUUACACCAUAAAAUCUGCACCAUGGACACAGCAUGCAGCUGACAGUGAUCAGAAAACCCAAUUAAAUCUCAGCACAGCUGCCCAUGAUGUCAAACAUCACGGUGGAACAAAUGUAAAUGAGAAGAAGACCAGACCAGAGAAAUGUGUGCAUCGUGAGCGCACCGGUGUCCUGCAGAAAAGACUGCUGACAGCUGAAGGAGAGAUUCAGGAUCUGAAGACAGAAAUUGCCAAUCAGAGAGCAUCAUGGGAGAUGCGCUUCAUGGAGCUACAGAGGCGCCAAAAUGAUCUGAGAGAGCAGUUGAACUCGGAGAUUCUGGUAAGAUCAGGAAUGCUCUACAGAGACACUGAUUCAGAAGAAUCAAACGAGGUCUUCACAGAGUCUGGCUUGGAAAAUGGACUUGAUUCUGAGGAGAAGGAACACAAAUGUUCAAGUGACCUCAGCCAGAUACACCAGCAAAAGGGAUCUGAUAUUGGAUUGUUAAGAGAUGACAUUGACCAAAAAAGUAUAUGUUGCAGUCAAAUCUCCUGCCCCUCAGCUCUUGGAUCUAGAACCACCUCUGCCAUGUCUAACACCAGUAUACGGUCCUGGAGAAGUGGAGGACCUCAUCGAGUUUUUGUACCCCACUCCCCCCUGGAUUUGAAGAUUGGGCACAGGGUCCGAAUCAUGCUUCCCUCUGGACGCAUCAGCACUGGUACCUUACGCUAUCUGGGCUACAUGCAAAACUCCCCUGACUUCUAUCUUGGCGUGGAACUGGAGUUGGCUGAUAAUGGCCAAUAUGACGGCACCUAUGAAGGACAGAGCUACUUUGACUGUGAACCUGGACAUGGAGUGUUUGUAGCAUUCAGUAAAUUGUUAAUGGCUUGGGAGUAGACACUUUAAUAGGGCACUCAAGGUCAUUUUUACAACAACUUGCUGCAUGGAUCCACAAUUCACUUGUGUAUACACUUUAACUCUGUAGAACAAUAACUACUUACUGGCAAAUUGGUUACCUUUCACAGCUGGUAACUUUGUAUGCAGUGAUAGCAAACCAAAAAUGGUUAGGAAAGAAUGAGAUUUUAGAUGUUAAAUCUCUAUUCACAUGCUUUAUAUGUUAAGGUGGCCUGCUGUUACCUGUUACUUGGCCCACAUGAAAUGCUUUAUAUUUCUCUCUCUCCCUUUUUUUAAUUUUUAUUUCUAUUUUUUUUUAAAUGAUUGUGGAAAAAAAUUCCUUGGAAGUCUGGAUAAUGUGUUAAAUGGAGCGGAGAUAACUUCCUUAUCAGCAGCUGAAAGCAUGAUCAUUGAUCAAUUAGCCAAAAUAUUUUCAUACAGGAAGCAGAUUAGAAAUGGUUUCAGAAUUCAGUGGAAAUCUGUGAAGCUUUCUGCGUAAUUCUGCAGUCACAGAUUCCAUGCAGGUCUAUCUAGUACCAAUAUCCCCUAAUGCAAAUGAAAGAAACAUUUCUUGAAUUGACAAUAAGUGGAUAAAACCAACUGAAACAGACAUAUAGGUCAAAUCCCAUUCAUGUUCACCUCUGCUGCAUUGAUCAUUCAUACUAUUGCUGAAUUAAGUUUAAAAUACCACAUAUAUCACAUGAGACCACUCAAGUGUGUUUGGCCUGUAUAAUGAACUGUGAACUCCUGCAUACAGUUUACAAGAGACUGUCUCUGUAUAUUGAAGAAUGUGUUCUGAUGUUCCAGGAAAGACUUUGGACUGAUACAUGACUUUUCAUGGACAUCAUCAAGAUCAUGUUAAAACAUGUUAUGCAACAAACUUGUUUACCCCACCGAUUUCUCAAAGAUAAAUGAUAAUGUUAACAAAUGAUGUUGGGGGCCUGGGUAACUUAACAAGUAAACACGCUGACUACCACACCUGGAGUUGCAAGUUCGAAUCCAGGGUGUGCUGAGUGACUCCAGCCAGGUCUCCUAAGCAACCAAUUGGCCCGGUUGCUAUGGAAGCUAGAGUCACAUGGGGUAACCUCCUCGUGGUCACUAUAAUGUGGUUCUCGCUCUUGGUGGGGCGUGUGGUGAGUUGUGCGUGGAUGCCGUGGAGAGUAGCGUGAAGCCUCCACACGCGCUAUGUUUCUGUGGUAACGCGCUCAACAAGCCACGUGAUAAAAUGAGUGGAUUAACAGUAUCAGACGCGGAGGCAACUGUGAUUCAUCCUCCGCCACCCAGAUUGAGGCGAGUCACUACGCCACCAUGAGGACUUAGAGCGCAUUGGGAAUUGGGCAUUCCAAAUUGGGGAGAAAAAAAUAAAUAAAUAAAAAACAAACAAACAACAACAACAACAACAAAAAAGAAAGUUUGUUAACAUGUUAACAAAGUUGAGUGACUUAUUUAUAUAAAUUCAUAAGGAAGCCCUUGUGGUAACGUCACACACAAGUUGUACUUUGGCCUUUUGAGUUAUUUUGUCUCCAACUUCCUUUUACGAAAAAAGGAAAUCACAUGGAUUAAAUAAAUAAUGAUCACGUGAUUUACAUUUGAGCUGCUUUGCAUUUUCAUAACUCACUCUUUUCUUUUUUUUUUGCCACAUAUGAACUUCCUUCUUCCUUGUAGAGGCAGAUAGAGAGAGAGAAGCAUGUUUUUUUUUUUUAUAAUUUGUAAACAAAUGAUGACUUUUUGCAUAUGACAGUAUUUUUUUUUUUCACUAAAUUCAAGUAAUUCAAAAAAAAAAAAAAAUAAUAAUUACUCUACAAACCAUUUUUAUAUUAUUGCUGGGCAAGUCCCUUUGUAUACGAACUUGCUCAUAUCUCACAGCAUUUUAAGUCAGGAUAUUAAUACUGAACUUAUCUCUAGUUAGAGAACCUAGAAGUAGUUUAUUCACCCAGAUUUAUACAGGUUAAGUAAAUUGAUGUUUGUAUAACUUUAGGUUUCAAACAAUUAUUUGUAAUCAGUAGUAAUAUUAAUACUUUUUUUUAUAAAGUAACAAAGAAUUGGAGUAAAGUGUAGUAUAAAACUUAAUGUUGAUAUUAAGUGACAAAAAGUUACUUUGUCAGCAAAUGACAUGGCAAUUAAAAUCAAAACAGAAACUAUUUUACUGAAAUAUUUAAUUUACUUAAAACAACAGUAAGCAUUGUUUCCAGGCAGCAGUCCACUGCAUAUAUUUCAUUUACAGUAGCCUAUGGGUAAGAGC